AUGAGUCGUCUGACAUUUGUUGAAAUGGUUUUGUCUGGAAAUGGCAUUAACUGCACGGAGGAGAAGGUGAGAGCAGUGGUUGAAGUGAUAGAGCUAGAGUUAGCAUCAGAAGUGCGAAGCUUCCUGGGUCUAGUGAACUAUUGUGGUAGAUUUAUUCCUGACUUGGCAACCAUAUUAGAGCACCUAAGAUGUCAAACUAAGAAAGGGGCACCAUUCAAUUUUGGCUCGGAGCAGACGGAAUCGUUUCAAGAAUUGAAGAAUCGGUUAUCAAGUACCACAACACUUGUGGUUAUUUUGAUAAAGACGCACCAACUCAAGUAG